GUGAACGAAAGGAUUCACCAUUCACCGAGGAUGCUGAUCGAAUCCGGAUCAAUAAUAAAAAAAAUAUUACAGAAGCAUCUUUUAGCACAUUUUGGGGAAGGAUCCCAACGAAAGUGAAGCCUCCUGGUUCCCAGACGCUACCGGAUCAGAGGAGGUACUCCAUAAAAGGGGAGUGGCAAAGGGUGUUUUCAUCGGCUAAAUGAAGUGAUGGGUCGUUCGUGAACGAUACGGCUCCCGGUGACGUCUUAUUAUUAUUUAAGCCAACUACGAGAUCCGGGCUCCUGCGGAGUGUUCACGUGACCUGACCAAGCCGGAAGUCGGCCAAAGAGAGAGAAAGCGAGAGAGAGAGAGAGAGAGAGAGCAUGGUUGCUUCCAGUGGAGUGGAUGAAGAAGAGAAGAAGGAGGAGAGAGGGGAAAGCGGGAUGCUGACAGAUUCCUGAUAGAUUGGCUAAAAUGGCGAAAGCGGGUUCAGUCGCCCCCGUAGUUCCCGGACAUCGGAACAUGUAACGUGGAUGUUUUGUUUUUUUUUUUCCUGAGCCGGAGCCGUUAACUUCACCCUGUUUUUUUUUUGUUUGUUUUUUUUUGUGCCGGAUUAUUUGAGCGUUUUAAAUGGCACCCACCAGCCGCCGCUUCCGCCUGGUUCCGUGCUUCUUUUUGGGGAUCCUCCUUAACGCUUUCAUCGGUGUGUCAUGUGAUGCGGAGCUGUCCUUCACCCUGGAGCCCAGUGACAUCAUCGCGGUACAGCAGCAGCCCCUCAUGCUCCACUGCCAGGUGAACGGUAUCCCCCCUAUCACGACACAAUGGCGGCACAACGGCGUGCUCGUGACUCAGGACCAGUAUCACGCCACCUUCAUCAAUGGCUCCCUCCUCAUCGGGCACUUCCUGAAGACCAAAUCCGAUAACUCAUCCGAUGAAGGGGACUAUGAGUGUAUGGCGCAGAAUUCCUUUGGGUUGGUGGUGAGCCGUAAGGCGCGGAUACAAGCAGCCACCAUGGCCGACUUCCACGUCCAACCGGAAGGGGUUCACGUCGAGGAGUCUGGUGUGGCCAGAUUCCAGUGUCAGAUUCACGGUCUGCCAGAGCCCGUUAUCAGCUGGGAAAAAGAUGGCCGUCCCGUGGAGACCAAGGACAAAAGGUACACCCUUUUACCUACGGGUGUUCUGCAGAUUACGGGAGUACGUGAGGAGGACAGUGGAAAGUUCUGCUGUGUGGCUCAUAACAGCGCCGGAGUCAAACACAGCACCGAGGCCCUCCUUACCGUUUCAGGUUCCCAGUCUUCUGUUUACAAAGAACCGAUGAUCCUCGUUGGGCCGGAAAACCUCACCCUCACUGUCCACCAAACGGCCAUUUUGGAGUGCGUUGCUACAGGAUACCCUCGACCCAUCGUGUCUUGGAGCAGGCUAGACGGGCGCCCAAUCGGUGUGGAGGGAAUCCAAGUGCUUGGCACCGGCAACUUGAUGAUUUCCGACGUUGGUGUGCAACACUCAGGGGUUUACGUGUGUGCUGCGAACAAACCGGGGACCCGCGUUCGUAGGACCGCUCAGGGUCGUCUUGUGGUCCAAGCUCCUGCGGAGUUUAUUCAACCUCCGCAGUCCAUCGCUCGCCCCGUGGGGACCACCGCCAUCUUCACCUGCCAAGCCCAGGGUGAGCCAGAGCCCCAGCUGACUUGGUUGAAGAACGGACAGAUCUUAGAGCCCGGGGGCCACGUCAAACUCAGGAACAACAACAGCACGCUGACCAUUUACGGCAUCAGCCAGGACGACGAGGCCAUCUACCAAUGCAUCGCUGAGAACAACGCCGGCUCCACGCAAGCCAGCGCUCGCCUCACGGUGCUCUGGGCCGACGGGCUCCCCGGUGUGCCCACCGACGUGCAGGCCGAGUCCCUCUCACCGACCACCAUCCAGGUGUCCUGGAGGGAGCCCGAUCAGAACACGCAGGACAUCAUCGGCUACGUCCUGCACAUACGCCGGACCGCAGACCCCGUGGAAAUGGAGUACGAGGAGGCCGUGAGUAAAGUGACGCUGCAGCAGAUCAUCCGAGAUCUGGAACCCUCCACCAGCUACACCUUCUACGUCAAGGCCUACACGUCCCACGGAGCCAGCAAGCCUUCAGACAGCGUCAUGGAGAACACGCGUGGGGAAGUUCCGGCCCCCCCGUCCCUCGUCACCAAGGUGGUGAACAGCAGUGUGGUGCAGGCGGUGUGGGAAGCUUCCACCAAGAUGGGUCAGCACCAAGGCUUCCGCCUCUAUUACAGAAGGGCCCACACGGCAGCCUUUACCGGGCCCGUCGUCUUGCCGCGCAACGCCACCCAGUACAACAUCACCCAGCUGGAUCCGUCACUGGUCUACGAGAUUAAUCUGCUAGCGUACAACCAGCACGGCGACGGCAACGCCACCACGCGCUUCGUUUCGCUUCGAGACGUGCUGGAGAAAUCUGUUUUGGACGCCUCGUGCGAUUGCGUGCAAGACGAGCACAGCAAAACGUCCGCCACCGGCAUCAUCAUCGGUAUCCACAUCGGCGUCACCUGUAUCGUCUUCUGCGUUCUUUUCCUCGUCUUCAGCUACCGCGGCAGGUUGAUGAUGUGUAAGGCGGUUCAGGCCACCCCCCAGGCGGCACGCAACGCGGCGCUGGAGUCUUCCUCCUCAUCCCAGGGGGCCACCGGGCUCAACAUGGCCACCAGGAGAGAAAUGGAGGUCAACGGUUUCGCAGGAGGGAACAAAGUGGUCGACAGCAACGAGCUGGAGCAACUCUUCCCUCGACCCAAUACACCAGACUCACGCAGGGUUGACUCCACCGUUGUGUCCUACUCACCGAAUACCACCCAACUCUCCACGAUACCGCUCGACGAAUUCACCGUGGAACGGGAUUCGCGGAAACAGUUCCAGGAGUCCCUGGCGACACGAACGGGUCAACAGAACCAAGACUAAUUUAGCGUACGAUGUACCGACUCACGCGCGAAUCUGUCUGUGGUGUCCACUCAGCUUCUUUCUCACUCAGGUUGUUCUUUCAAAGUAGUUUGCAUUUUGUGCAACGGUUUUUAUUCGUAAGUUAAAACGGUUCUAUCGAGUCUAGGAUUGAUUUUAAGGAACUUAAAAUUUUUUCCCAGGAAAACCAUCUAAGUGUUCUUGUGCUCUCACUGGUUGUUUUUUUUUCGUUUUCUGGUCUUAGGCAAAACGCAAAAGAACCCCAAAAAUGUCCUUGUUAUACAAAGAUGAUUUCAUUUUUUAAGUUUAUAAUUAUAUAUUUACAUAUAUCUUUAUCAUCUCGGUGUGGAAGUGGUUAUAAGUUAUUGGUCUUAUCGCUACACGAUUCCAUCUUCCUCGCUCACAGAAGACCUAAGCCUUCUUUAAGGGACUCGGUGUGUUCUGUCUCAGGACUUUUGUUUUCUUCAGUCAGGAAUUCUGGGCCUUCAUGCAGGCGUUGGGUUGUAUGAAGAUUGUUAUUUCACAAAAAUGAAAAAAAAAAAAAAAAAAAAAAACUACCUCAGCCGGGAAUGAAUGUGUUACGGGAAGCCUUUGUGGACUUUAUCUUCCCUUGUGUUCUCACUUACUUUACAUGCGAAAAGGAACUGAUGGGUCCGAAUUACAAGAUCAGGUGCCGCGCUACCUCAGAUGUCAAGAAUCGAGUCUCUCUCCUAAGCUCCUCUCGUGCUUUGUCGUAAGCAAAAUACGACAAAUACGAGUAUCCAACAAAAAGCACUUCCAAAUGCUGAAUUGAAUGUUCUACCUCAAAAUAACAUUGUUGUUGUUGUCACUGUUGUCGUUGUUUUUAUGCAUCAGGAAAAAAAAAUUGCCUCGUUUUUUUUUUAUUUUUUGGGAAGAAUGUGACGUGUGUGUUGCCACGCUGAAAAGAAAAAAAAGUAAAACAUGAGAUUAUGAAAUUCAAUCACAACACUAAAUUCAUCACGCAGCGACUUGAUACUCAAAAUAUUUAUAUACAAACAUGUCCCAAUAUGACUUGAAAAAUCAAAAUGUUCCCAUCACAGCAAAACAUUCAUUGGUGUGCUGCGAUGACGUCAGCUUCCCUGGGUUCUGGGUCCUCUGGCUCCCUCUAGUGUACAGAAGCAGCAUUCCAGUUCCAUUUUCUCUAUUUAUCGAUGUUUUUUUUCCCCAUAUAAAACGAGUAUUGAUACAUGUUUCGAUAUUUCUGAUGAAUAACCUUUUGAGUGUUAGUCGCUGUGUGAUGAGUUUAAUGCCGGCCUCUAAAUUUAGUGUUCCCUCGUUUAUCACAGGGGAUAGGUUCCAAAAAUAGCCCGCAAUAAGUGAAAUCCAUGAAGUAGCCAACUUCAUUUUUUUUUGCAUUUUCGUACUUUUUGCUGUAUUGCCUCGUUUUUUUUUUAUUUUUUGGGAAGAAUGUGACGUGUGUGUUGCCACGCUGAAAAGAAAAAAAAGUAAAACAUGAGAUUAUGAAAUUCAAUCACAACACUAAAUUCAUCACGCAGCGACUUGAUACUCAAAAUAUUUAUAUACAAACAUGUCCCAAUAUGACUUGAAAAAUCAAAAUGUUCCCAUCACAGCAAAACAUUCAUUGGUGUGCUGCGAUGACGUCAGCUUCCCUGGGUUCUGGGUCCUCUGGCUCCCUCUAGUGUACAGAAGCAGCAUUCCAGUUCCAUUUUCUCUAUUUAUCGAUGUUUUUUUUCCCCAUAUAAAACGAGUAUUGAUACAUGUUUCGAUAUUUCUGAUGAAUAACCUUUUGAGUGUUAGUCGCUGUGUGAUGAGUUUAAUGCCGGCCUCUAAAUUUAGUGUUCCCUCGUUUAUCACAGGGGAUAGGUUCCAAAAAUAGCCCGCAAUAAGUGAAAUCCAUGAAGUAGCCAACUUCAUUUUUUUUUGCAUUUUCGUACUUUUUGCUGUAUUGCGGCGUUUUUGUUUCCUUGUUAAAACAUAUUUCUGCAGUACUCCUGCUGUUGCUAUGCUCCUCCUUCAAACUGAAGGAGAAAAAAACUUACUGAAAUUAAGACCGAAACCCAAUUAGUUAAAAUAAUAAUUCUAAAAAUAUGCAUAUUUCACGCCUGUGACUGUGCAUUUUCGUACUUUUUGCUGUAUUGCGGCGUUUUUGUUUCCUUGUUAAAACAUAUUUCUGCAGUACUCCUGCUGUUGCUAUGCUCCUCCUUCAAACUGAAGGAGAAAUUAAAACUGAAAUUAAGACCGAAACCCAAUUAAUUAAAAUAAUAAUUCUAAAAAUAUGCGUAUUUCACGCCUGUGUUGCUGUAUUGCGGCGUUUUUGUUUCCUUGUUAAAACAUAAAUGUCUUUUCAUAAUAUUAUACUAUUUUUCUUCUUUCCAGUGUGGCCAAAUACUGAUUAUUGUUGUAUUUUUUUUUAAUGUAUGAUUAUUAUUUCAUUUAUUUGUACUUUUUUUUAAACAGUUGGAAAAAAUUCUGCAUUGAAAAUAAAAUUUUCCAGACUAUUAACUGCUAAAUGAGCUACGACGCUCGUUUGGAUAUAACGACGUUAAUUGUCAAGACGUCAAGUGAACCAUGAAGACAUUUUCACGUGCGGGUGAUUUUUUUUUUUCAUUCGUUUUUAUGGAUUUAAUUUCAACGCAAGCACAAAUCCGAUAAAACUGCCAAGAAAAUUUUGACACUUUUCCUGGCAAAGUCCAAUAUUUUGGUCAGUCUCUUUCCGAGGUUGGGAGAAGAAGGUUGAUGCUGCUACUUUCCUGAUCAAAUGAGAUUAAAAAAAUUAUUUUUUCGAUUACAAUUGGAAGUAUAUAAUGUAAUUCAUAUUUCCAUCCAAAAAAUAUAUUUCUCUAUUCUUCAAAAAUGUACAAUUAAUAAAUGAUUGCCGUUUUUUGUGGUUGAAUACGGUCUAUUAUUAGUAAAGAAAUAAGGCAUUGAAAAGACUUGUAAUUUCGUAUCCGUGACUUUAAGAAGUGAGGCAAGCUAGAGUUAGCGCUAGCAGUAGCAGUUUAGCAGCGUAGAGAGCUGCCGACAGCAGCUCCUGUGUGAAUGUUCUUUUCUUGUUAACAAAGCGACUGAUGUCCAUUGUGAGUAAAGUAUUCUAGUAUUGUAGUAUUCUAGUAUAGUAGUAUUCUCAAAAUUGAUGAAACUAUGUUGAUUCUCAGGUGAGUCUAUUGGAUCUUAUUUAGGUCUUAUUUAGAUAGCUUAUUAUGACUUCUGUAUUGGGUAAUACAAGUGUGAUGAGGUGAUUUGAUAAUGCGAAAAAUUGUAUUUAUAAAGUGAUGAACAGGUUUGCUUGAUACUGUAACAACAAAAAUAUUCAAUUUAUUAAACAUUUACGGGAAUUUACUUGUCAGGAACCGGUUAAUGAGUAAUGAACGAGUGACGAUUGUCGUUUUAAAUGCAGAAAAUAAUUCAAAAUCAGAAAACGGAAACCGAAAAUUGUCAUAAAUAACAAAAUCUUACCAAAUUUUGGGCGUUCAAAAAACGACUUAAUGCUCUUAUUAAGGAAAAACAAAAGCAUCAACCUUCUUCUCUUUUAUCGAAAAAAGAUGCUGAAAUAUUUUGGACUUGACGUGACAGGACUGGUGCUGAUCUCCAAACCGCCAUUGCUGCUUGGUUUUAAAUCCUCAUUUCAGAGCUUCAGGAAAACAGUCAUGCUGGACGUCAAUGACCUAAGCGGUCACAGGGUCUCGCUCUGAUAUGCAUUAUGGUUACCUACCUCAGUGGUUUCUGUCAGGUCAAAAGGAAUCAAACGUUGUACAGUACACGCAACUGUGAAACAUCGACCGGACACGUAUACGUACUCGCCGUAUGCAAAUACACGGAAACUUGUAGGCACUCUCUGUCGUGCACUAAUGACUGCGACCAUGUUCUUGCUUAGUUCGUAGUUAAUGUGAAUGCGUGAAUUAAUCGGAUUCUUGUUCAUUUUUUUUAUAUCGGAAAUUUAUGAAGUUAUUUUUUUGUCAC